GGUGUGGUUCUCAUUUACAGAUUCUCCACCUUCCUUUCCUUGAGGCCGGUCACAGACGCUGCAAUGGAAAACAAAAUGAUCUGGGUUCUGGCCAUUUUGACCAUUGUAGGGCUCAGCAAUGCCUUGCUGCCUCCAGGACAAUGCAAUGUUCCAGCAAGAUCAAGAGAAAAUUGUGGCUACCCGGGCAUUGGCGAAAUGGAAUGCAGUGCAAGGCAAUGUUGCUUUGAUUCAAACGUGGUUGAUGCCCCCUGGUGCUUCAAACCCAUCUCAAUAGAAGAGUGCGUAUUAUAAGGAAAGGAUUCAGUGAUAGCAGGAACCACUUCUCUACACGAAGAAGCUGUGCACAAGGCACUUCAUCAUCAUGAACCUGUUUCUUGACAACGUUGGCAACUGAAAUCCUGCGGAAUUCUGAGACUAAUUGAACCACUUAAACCAUGCUAUAGAUUACUUCUUCUGAUUCUCCCCCCCCUACUGUUCACCCCUUUGCUCCUUCCCGAAGCAAUAAAUCAAAGCAAAAGUGUGCUGCGUCCUUAAUUUCUGCUUUCCUUC